UUUUAUAAUUUUUUUAUGCAAAGGUCAUUCUUGAUAAGAAUGAUAUCGCAUCUAUAAAUUGAACAGCGUUAAAUGAAAACAGCAUAUUAAUGCUGAAUUAUGAUCGUGUUAAGUUUACUUUUGCUCGUUAUAACUUUGUUCAUCAUUUUCGUGAAGAAGAAGCAGAAUUAUUGGAGAGAUCGUAAUGUGCCUCAAAUGAAUCCAGCUUUCCUUUUUGGAAAUUUAAUUAACGUGAUGCUCAAGAAAGAGAAUUUCCAGACAUUACUGAAUCGAAUGUACAAUAAUCAUCCAAAUUCAAGAUAUGAAGGAGUAUACCAAGCUAUAUUACCUACAUUGUUGAUCAAGGAUCCGGAAUUGUUGAAGCAAAUGAUUGUUAAGGAUUUCGACCACUUCAUGGAUCACCAUCUCUUCGUGCCCAGAAGGGAUCCGCUUUGGGGUCGCAAUUUGGUUGCUUUGAAUGGAAAGGCAUGGCAGGAUAUGAGGUCCACUCUGAGUCCUGCUUUUACUUCGAGUAAAUUAAAGUGCAUGUUCCCUUUAAUGUCGGAAUGCGCCGAAAAGUUUAUUGACUAUUUCCUGAAGAUGAACAAAACAGUGGUGAGCAUCGAACUAAAAGAGGAGUUUUCGCGAUUUGCAAAUGACGUGAUUGCAACCUGCGCCUUUGGUGUCUCCUGCAACACUAUCGAAGAAAGGACUAACAUCUUUAUGGAGAUGGGAAAACGGGUCAGCGUGUUACCAAGCUUCAAGUUCUUUGGAACUGCUUUGUUUCCUGGUUUGUUUCAUAAAUUAGGAAUUACCUUGUUCGAUCCGGAAGUGGGCGAUUUCUUUAAAAAUAUCGUUAUGGAAACUAUAAAAGUUAGGGAGGAACAGCGCAUAGAAAGACCAGAUAUGAUCCAUCUGCUUAUGCAGGCGAAAGCGGGAAUCCUGGAUGGUGAUGGAGAUAAACCUCCGAAAACUGCAAUCAAGAACGAGGAUAUCGUGGGGCAGGUUUUGAUUUUCUUCUUGGCUGGUUUCGAUUCCAUCUCCACGCAGAUGACUUUUAGCGCUUACGAAUUAGCCUUAAAUCAGGAUGUGCAGGAUAAGGUCUUUGCGGAAAUCGUCGAUGGUUUGGAGCGGAAUGAUCAGAAAAUCGAUUACGAGAUGAUUCAAUCGUUGAAGUACUUGGAUAUGGUCAUGAUGGAAAGUUUGAGGAAAUGGCCUGCGACCGGGGGUGGCGAUAGGCUUUGUGUUAAAGAUUACAAAAUUCCUGCUAAAUUGCCAGGCGAGAAGGAUAUAAUCAUCGAAAAGGGAACGCCGAUUUGGUUGCCAAUUUCAGCGAUCAAUCGAGAUCCCAAAUAUUUCCCAGAUCCUGAUAGAUUUGAUCCCGAGCGAUUCAGUGAAGCCAACAAGGAUAAAAUAGUUGCUGGUACUCUGCUUGCCUUUGGAUUUGGACCAAGAGCUUGCAUUGGAAGCAGAUUUGCGAUAAUGGAAAUGAAAAUCAUGCUGGUCAAUUUACUGAAAACCUUCAAGUUAGUAAAAGUCGAUAAAACUCAAGAUGUCAUUAAGUUGUCCUCGAAGAGUUUAAACAAUGUUAUGGAUGGUGGCCAUUGGAUUGGACUGCAAAGGAGAAAUUGAGUGUAUAUUUUAUUUAUACAGUAUUUAGUCAAAUAAA